GGUCAUGCAUGUCGUUCUCAGAUUGUGUACGGUGUAGUCAUGGUAGUUGCGGAAUGAAAGAUGUUUCGCAGGCGUUUUCUCUGUAGAAGGAUACUUUUCUGUCAUGGAUUUGCCGCACUUGUGUUCACAGUAUUGCUGUUAUCAUCCAGCUUGCUGUCCGAUGGGACGCCGUCAACUAAUUCAUCAGUUUGGAAAUCAAUCCAGCGAGUCUGGAAAUCCAAGGAACAUUGGAAGAUUGAGAUGUCAGCACGGCAGAAGUCACGUCUCCAGCUUUUCAGUCACCAUUGUAAGAAAUCCCUCAACCUUCAACCGUACCGGGACCCCGCUCAAAAGCAUCGUGUAUUGUUACGAUACCGCGACCAAUACCAACACACGUAUGUUGACGAUGACUCGCGUCUAAUGGUCAGCACAGUGCCACUGUCCGGAUCGAGUAAUUGGCAUGAGGUCUUUCAAUUACUAGGGAAAAAACAGACAACCUCCGAGGUUCGAAAGUCUAGUGCUCUCGUCUCCCGCUCUCAAAAAGAGUUCUUAAACAUCAUGGAUUUGUACACGAAGGCUAUUUUUGUUCGUAAUCCCCUGACCAGACUAGUCGCUGUCUACCGAGAGAUGCUGAAUUCCGAUGCUCUUACACCGGAUUCUAAGAUCUAUAAAGAUGAAAUGGCAAGGAUCGUUAGGAUGUCGCGAGGCCCAAGUGUUAAGGAUACUGAUGUGAGAUCAAUCAACGCAACAAUCGAGGAGUUCGGACGAUUUGUCGUCGAUAAACACCACCAAGACAGCAGCCUUUGGAUGCCGCUCUCACAGAAAUACAACCCCUGUCUCUUUCGUUUUGAUUUUAUCGGCAAGUUCGAGACGGCAUACGACGAUGUUACAUAUCUACUAAAACUAGCCGAAUUGGAGUCCACAAUGAUUCAACAAAAACUGAAACUGAAGAAAUGGAACACUAGUCAGAUUUAUAAUUUGACGGAGUUUUACUCCCAGUUGCCAAGUGACAUUUUCCAGAAGUUGGUGGCCAAAUACGAUGCCGACUUUAAAUUAUUUGAUUACAGAAGACCUUAGAAUAAAUUGUAAAUUUAAAUUCACAAACUCACAAAUUAACUGAACCUAAUUAUUAACAGAUUUUUUUAUUUUUGUACUGUAAGUAAUUGUUAAUUAUUCGCCAUAGUUUGCUGUGACUUAAUAUUUGUUCUAAAGUGUUUAUUUAUUCAGACUAAUGUAACAACUCGACAUGAAAGGUUGUCUUGUGUUUGUUCUAAGACUACCAGUAUUCUCCCAAGCCCUUAAACAGUUGUCCGCUGGCCAAAUGCCAGUUCAAACAUACAAGCAACAGCUAAACUUCACUCCAAGUGGUCUUGCUGGCUUAUUCAGUGUUAAAAAGCAUUUGAAAUGAUAACUAGUGCCAAAAAGCCGACUGACUUGUGAAAUGACAAGCUACAUUUUUUUAAACUGGCCCUGCUGGCAGGUAGCUGAAAAAGUUCAGGCCAAACGCUGCAAAUACUUUUAUCGGCAGAAUAAACAAUUAUAGAUGCUCCACUUGCCACCAGGGAGCAUUCAAUUAUUCAUAUUUUCUAUUUUUCUACCUCUAUUUUAAACUCAUUUCUAAUGUAUUAACUUUGACCACAAAUAAAUAACUAAUUUUUAAUCCCACACAAUAAGGUUUCAAAGCGUUUUAUUUGAUCACACCAGGGCGGAGGAUAAUAAAGUACAUCGAUAAGACAAUAAAAUGUAGAGAUUGGGUGCAAACAUUUUGGUUAAAUCUUGCAAGCAGAAAUGAAGAGUUAAAGGUAAAUUUAGGAAAAGGAAAGAGGGUUACAAGUCAAUUCAAUAUUGUUGGAGCUACCCCAAAAUAUUCAACUAGUUCUUGCAGAAAAUUAAAAUUCUGACGUCGUUUAAAUUGUAGUGAGUGACGCAAGUCUAUUACAUGGUGAAAGGGUGACUGUUCCAUAUUCUCACACAUCUAUGUUCCGAAACCCCCCCUGAUGAUUUAAAACAGAACCCGUGACAAAACACAGGGGUGUCGGAACAAAGGAGUAGUCUUGAGCCAAUGGUUUUGGUGUAUAUACAACUUGACAAGUGAAAUGUACAAUUGUAAAACUAACACACUUGAAGUACAGAUUAAACUAUCAUUUUAACAUACCAUUGGAAAUCCUUUCUUAAACAUUUUGAACUUUUUUUGUGUGUGCACCAAAAAACUGAACAAGGCGUCUUUCAAAAUACUCUUGGUGCUUAAAUCUCAUACCUUUUCAAUUCUCUUUCAAAAAAACGUUUUUCACUACACAAAAUUCACAUGGCUGAAAAGAUAAACCAG